AUGCGUUUGGUAAUUUUCCUCUUGGCGUUAGCUGGCUGCUCGAUUUGUGCUGCUAAUGACAACAAAAUCACUUGCUUGGUAGGAAACUUGGUUGUUCGCCACAAUGUGAUUAUUUCGAAAUCCGUAGAAAACGUGAGUUAAACUUUCAGUAGAGCCUUUAGUUUGAAAAAAAUUGAAAUUUGUGACUUUGACAUUUCGAGCCAAAUAUGUUUAGUUUUCAUAAUUUAUUUUGCUUGAAAUUUUUUUUCGUUAAACACAUGAAUUCACAUUAUCCAUAUAAAUUUUUCAUUGAAAUUUAUGUUUAUUCAAUACCUCUUUAUCAUAUACUUUUGAAAAAAAAAAUUAUAUGUUUCAGAAACUAUGCUAUGGUCUUUGCCGUAAACAAACAUUCUACAGAGAGCAAGGAUCUAUCGUUUUAUUGAGUUGUGAAGAGCAAGAAAUUUCGAAUUCAAUCAACGACUGCUCAACAAACAAGAUCGAAACAUCUUGCAUAUGUCAUGGGGACAAAUGUAACAAUGUUGAGUUGGAAGAAAAAUUAACCAAGCCGAGUGAAUUUGUUGCAAGGUAAAAAAAGUUUUUCUUUAGAAAAAUGUGAAUGUUAAGAUUCUUUUAAAAAUUCCGAUCAAAAAGAAAAUCAGUUGAGGCGAAAAAAUUAAUCAAAUAUUCCUAACGAAAAAAAAUUAAUUCUAGCAACAUCACAUGUUUUGUCGGAUUCUCGAACAACAACACUGUGACACUCGGACAAACAGUAAUUUGCCAACCUGGAGAUGUUUGCACUUCAGUUGUUCUUGGCGGUGAUUCUUCAAUAGUCAAUGCUUGUUUGCCACAAGCUACUUGCGACAAUAUGUUUCAAGAUCCAACUUUCCAAUCUGGAACAAAAUGUUUGGCAUUUUACACAGGUACGUUCAAUAUACAUCAAGAAAAAUAAAAUUUUGAAAACUUCAGAUCAACAAAUUCAAAUGUGUUGUUGUUAUGACAAUGAUUGCCGAUCAUUGGCUCCAAUAUCAAAUCCACCACCACCAUCACCUUGGAUUGGUAAAAAUGUUUUAUGCUAUCAAGGAAUUGCUGUUAAUAGAGAACUACUAAACGGCGGAAGUUUUUCACAAUGUGCUGGUGAAUGUGGAAGUGCAAGAACUAUUUCAAAAAUGAAUGGAGAUAUGUUAUGGAUUGAAGUGUUUUUCUGCGAUCCGGCUGCAAUUUUCGAUAAUUUGGACAUUUCAAAUGAAUGUAAAGACAUAAGCAACAACAAUGAUGAUGGCGAAUUAACUUCGAUGAAUACCAUAUGUGCUUGCAAUACAGAUAAAUGUUUGGAUCCAACAGUUGUGCCACCAGUUUGGCCUGGUCGUCAUCAUUGA